UAAAGCAGAGAAACCAAAGACUUUACAGUUUUGCCCGAGUUUGACCUAGUGAUCCUCAUUGGUGAAGCAAAAACAAUCUAUUCAGAAGUCUUUCUGAAUUCACUGCUGGUGUUUCUUUUCUAUUUGGCCUCAUAUAUAAAACAUUUCUUUUAAAGCACAUGCCAGUUUUUUUCAAAGGGACCUUUGUUCUCAGAUGAUCCAUUAUUUGCGGUAUCACUGCAGAAUUUGGGACAAAUUUCAACUUAUAUCAUAGAACUCCUUAGUGUACUUUAUUAUUCAAUCCCCUCACUCCUUCCCUUAUGCCUCCAAACACACUCUUCUUCCUCUCACUGCCAGAGUGAUGUCAGAAGAUUCUGUAGCAGGUUCUCGGAAGCCUAUUGUACAGUAACAAAGAAUUCCAGCAGUGAGCUGUGAGUUCUGUCCUUGCUGGCUUUCCCAAGUGAAAGGCUACCCUCAUCUUUCACUAAUGGCAGACUAGGACAAGCAUUACCCAGGCCUGCAAGCUUGUUAAGCACUAGGAACCCAAGCAAGAACGCACCAUGCCAAUCAAACCUGUUGGGUGGAUAUAUGGGCAGGUGUUGAAGAACUUUUCUGGAAGAAUCGAGGGGAUCCAGAAAGCAAUCAUGGACCUUGUAGAUGAGUUUAAAGACGAAUUUCUCACCAUCCUAAGAUUAUCACAGUCUAAUCAGAAAAGAGAACCUGCGCAGAAAACAUCCAAAAUCAGGAUGGCUAUUGCUUUAGCUAAGAUUAAUCUAGCAACAUUAAUUCGCGGAUUAAACAGCAUAUCCAGAUCCUCCAAAUCAGUGGCCAAACUUCUGCAUCCUCAGCUUGCAUGCAGACUUUUAGAGCUAAGGGACAUAUCUGGUCGUCUGCUGAGGGAAGUUAAUGCGCCGAGGCAACCCCUAUGUAACAUGCAGGUCAGAAAGGGUUCUUUGUUUGAAAUCAUCUCCUUUCCAGCAAAGACUGCUUUAACUAGCAUAAUAUAUGCUUCAUAUGCAGCACUAAUUUAUUUGGCAGUCUGCGUUAAUGCUGUGCUGAAGAAGGUAAAGAACAUCUUACAGGAAGAAGAAUCCAUAAGGCAAAACAGAGAGGAGAGUGAAAAUUGUAGAAAAGCCUUUUCUGAGCCUGUGCUUUCGGAGCCUAUGUUUGCUGAAGGUGAAAUCAAAGCAAAACCUUAUAGGUCAUUGCCGGAGAAGCCAGACAUUUCAGAUUACCCCAAGCUUCUUGCUAAUAAGCAGAGUAAUAACAUCCAAGUUUUACAUUCUGUGUUUGACCAAUCAGCUGAAAUGAAUGAGCAAAUCUGAAUACAGAUAUCACUGAACAGAACUUAAGAGUUAUCUAUUUAAUGGCACAUUUCACUGACAAAACUCAGAGUCUAGUUUACAUAUUCUGAAUUGCUCUGCUUUCUUAAAAAAAAGAGAAGGGGGCUACUAUUAAAAUGUCAUUUUCUAGUAUUUACAUGAUAGAGUAAAUAAAAUGAAUAUUGAUGUGGAA